UAAGGAAAUCAGGUAUAACGAACAUUCUUCUCCUGACAGGGGACAGAAAUAAACCAUUAACCGUAACAUCCCCCCAUCCAGCCAUUCCAUUAUUCCAUCAUCUCUGUGUGGGAAUAAUCAAUACUGCACAUAUACUGAGCCAGCGGCAACAAAAGCAAAAACAACAAGAAAUAAUGGUGUGGUCUAGUGAUAAGCAACAACAGUAGGGCCACAGCCCGGCCCCACCCCCUCCGCCCACCGCCCACCGACGCCCGAGCAGGAAUUCCAACAGGAGGAGUCACAAAAAGCAAUUACCAUCGCACAACUCAAAUUUCCUGUCAUUCCUCCAUCAUUCCGGGCGACAGAAAGUGGAAAUAAUGUCACGCGAGGAGCGCAAACCCAUCGUGGACACCUCGAACAGCAGCAGUUCCAGCAGCGGCGAUGAUGAGGUGCAUCCGGUGGUGCGACGACGCAGUACCCGGGACACGGAGCUGGCUGGUCCCCAGAAGGAUGCAGGGUGCUGCGAUCCCUCGAGCACGCCGCACCGAUUCCUGGCCCUGCUCUUCAUGUGCCUCCUGGGUUUUGGUUCCUAUUUUUGCUACGAUAACCCCGGUGCCCUGCAGGACGUAUUCCAGAAGGAACUCGACCUCAGCUCCACUGAGUUCACGCUGAUCUACUCCAUCUACUCGUGGCCAAACAUCGUGCUCUGCUUUGUGGGCGGCUUCCUUAUCGACCGGGUGUUCGGAAUCCGUCUGGGCACCAUUAUCUACAUGCUGAUCGUGCUCGUUGGCCAGCUGAUCUUCGCCACCGGCGGAGUGCUGGGUCACUUCUGGUUGAUGAUCGUGGGACGCUUUGUGUUCGGCAUCGGGGCUGAGUCGCUGGCUGUGGCCCAAAACAGCUACGCGGUGCUGUGGUUCAAGGGCAAGGAGCUGAACAUGGUCUUCGGACUGCAAUUGUCGGUGGCUCGCUUCGGCAGCACCGUCAACUUUUGGAUAAUGCAACCUCUAUAUGGCUACGUAUCGAAAUCGUACUCUGGAUACAAGGGUCUGGGAGUGGCCCUGUUCCUGGCUUCUUCCACGUGUGUGAUGUCGUUGAUCUGCACCUUGAUUCUGGGUUGGAUGGACAAGCGUGCGGAAAGGAUUCUUAAGCGUAAUAAUAAUCCUGGUGGGGAGAUUGCCAAGCUCAGCGACAUCGUCACCUUUAAGCUGGACUUUUGGAUGGUGUCGGUGGUCUGUGUGGCCUAUUAUGUGGCCAUCUUUCCCUUUGUCGCCUUGGGCCAGGCCUUCUUUGUCAGCAACUUCCACAUGACCCCGGAUGAGGCGAACACGGUCAACUCGAUUGUCUACCUGAUCUCCGCCAUAGCAUCGCCCCUGUUUGGCUUCGUAAUCGACAAGGUUGGAAGGAAUGUGACUUGGGUGUUUUGUGCCACCAUCUCCACGCUGCUGGCCCACUUCCUGCUGACCUUCACCCACUGGGAUCCGUACAUCGGGAUGAGCAUCAUGGGUUUGUCCUAUUCCAUGUUGGCGGCUAGUCUGUGGCCUCUGGUUUCGUUGAUUGUGCCCGAAUAUCAACUGGGCACGGCAUAUGGCUUCUGUCAGUCGGUGCAGAAUCUGGGACUGGCGGUGGUCACCAUUGCAGCGGGCAUUAUUGUGGACAGCAGCGGUGGCAGUCACUUCUGGCUGCAGAUAUUCUUCAUGUUCUUCCUGCUGAUCUCCCUGCUGGCCACCUGUGCGAUUUGGGCCUACAACCGUAAGCAUCAGGGCAACCUGAACAUGUCACCUGCCCAGCGGGCCACAUAUCACACCUCGAUCGCGAUGCAGUGCCCAUUCGUGAACAGGCGGCCUUUGUUGGGCAACCGAGUGCAAUAGAUCGAUUAUCUGUUACUAACCAAUAACCAAAUGUGAUGUUAAUGCCAUCCCUCUAUCUAAAAUUGACUAUGCAACACGGAGCACAUUCUUUUAACCGCACAAUCGUCGUGGUCGUUCGAUCGUUCUAACUCCUAGCCAAUAUUCUAUGAUACAUAUCAAACCGUAAACUAUUGUUAUAUUUAUACUUUUUUGUUGUAUAUGUUGAAUAAAUUUAUGUAAAUGUACAUUCACCAAAUUAAA